CACGAGUGUAUAACUAACAAGAAAGCCACUGAAAACAUCUGAUGCAGUAAGAGGUUGAGAAAAGAGACUGUUGAACUCCAUUGAUUUGGUUUAUUUUUUUCCUCGACAGCUUUUCAUUUUCACAAUGAACUCCAUCAGUGAAGCAACUACAAAAUUUUGCCUUGACUUUUUCAAAGUACUGAACAAAGAUUUUCCAUCUGACAAUAUCAUCUAUUCUCCUCUGAGUAUCUCAGCUGCCCUGGGCAUGGUCCUUCUUGGGGCCAGAGGUAAUACUGCCACCCAGAUAGAAAAGGUGCUUCACUUCCGAGAAUUUGCAGAAAAUGAAAAUCCAGGAACAAGAAGCUCUUUUGAAGCAACAAGAAGUGAUGACAAUUCAGAGGUUCCUGAUGAUCAGUGUGAUAUAUCUGGAGGGAUUCAUUCCCAGUUUAAUGACAUCUUCUCUGCAAUCAACAAACCUACCACUUCUUACGAACUGGCUAAUGCCAACAGACUGUAUGGAGAAAAGACAUUCAAUUUUCUUCAGCAAUACCUGUCCUGCAUCCAAAAGUUAUACCAGGCUGAAUUGAAACCAGCUGAUUUUCUGAAUGCUGCAGAGGAAACCAGGCAGCAGAUAAAUUUGUGGGUUGAAACCUUUACAAAGGGUAAGGACAAGACCUCCUUGCCCCAGGCACUAUUUUCUUCUGGUACUAAGUUAGUCCUCGUGAAUGCUGUCUACUUCAAAGGGCAAUGGGAAGUGGAAUUUGACGGAAAAAACACCAAGGAAAGAGCUUUUCAGAUUAAUAAGACUACAAGCAAACCUGUGCAGAUGAUGUACAAAAUGGGCGAGUAUAAAAUAGCUACAAUAAAGGAGCAUGAUUGUCAGGUGCUUGAACUCCCGUACAAGGGUGAUGACCUGAGUAUGUAUGUACUGCUGCCAAAAGACUACACGGGUCUAACACAGCUGGAAAAGGAACUUACUUAUGAGAAAUUAACAACUUGGAUUAGCCCCGACCAUUUGAAAGAAGAUAAAGUGGAGGUGUCUCUUCCUCGGUUCAAAAUCGAGACAAGCGCUCAACUUAAGAAACAUUUAGAAGCUUUAGGAUUGACCGAUGUGUUUCACUCAGGAGUAUCAGAUUUAUCUGGAAUGGUAAAAACAGAUGGCCUGUCUGUGAGUCAGGCUGUCCAUAAGGCUUAUGCAGAGGUCAAUGAAGAGGGCACUGUGGCAGCAGCUGCAACUGCAAUUGGCCUAAGUGGAUCCUCAGUAAGAAUACCUGUACAGUUUGUGGCUGAUCACCCUUUCCUCUUCUUUAUUAGACACCAAAAAACCAAAUGCAUUCUCUUCUAUGGUAGAGUCUCUUCUCCUUAAGAAAAUUUCUAAUUAACAUGGAUGAGAUUCUGGACCAUGGAACCAUGAUAUGGAAAAUACAAUGGAAAUGUUUAUUUUCUUCAUUUUUCUCUUUUCCUUCCACUGUAUCUUGCUAGUGACUCCAUAGUUAUGGGUGAAAAUGCACACUAUACUCAUAGCAGGACUCAUGUGACAUUCUUUUGAUGAACAUGUCCUACAUUGUCUGUUGCUUCUCUCCCCCACAAGGUUGCUUCUGGUUCCUACUUAAAGAAUGUCCCACUCUCUCAGCACCUGAGGAAGGGCACCUCUGCUAAGUCCCAGCUCACUAGGAAUCUCCUUGAACCAAAGCUUUGCUAACUAGUAGUGAAAUAAAGAACUAUGAAUUUUAUUAAUCAUCCUGAACUGAAUAGGUAUCAACACAAGCAUUGACCAAACUCUUGCAGUGGAGAACCUGGCCCUGAGUUGUAGCAAUGUAACAGGUGAAUAAUCAGGCUCAUUGUUUUCACAGUUAUUGUUAUUGCCCUUCUGCCACCUUUACUACUUCUGGAGGAAUUCUGUGCCAAAAAAUUAAAAACUCUGUACACAAUAUUUUAAAAUUCUGCAAAAUUCUUCUUUUUAAUUUGGGAAAACAACACAAAAUAAUUAUGCCAGUUUCAAUUAUUUUGGUAAUUAAUUUCAAAAUAUCUAUCAGCAAGUAUGUCUGUAACAAUACAGACAAAAAUAUAGCCCAGAAAUGUUUUUUGAUUAAUAGAUUCCUUAUUAGGCAUAUUCAUACAGAAUUUUGUGUAAUGAUUAAUUUAAACUAAAUUAAUACAGAUCUUUGUGUAAUGAUUCAUUUAAAGUACACCUGUACUCACAGAGAGUUGUGUUUACUCCAUGAGGAAUCCUGCUGAAGUGAGUAGGACUACCGGGGAGGAAGGCAGUACUCAAUAUAAUGUGGAGCAAGAGGGAGAAGGGAGAGCUGGAAAACAGAGUCUGACCUCUUAGUACCUGAAUAUAAAGUUAACACUGUACACCGAUACAAACUCCUACAGUCAGGGUGUGAGUUAGGGAUGCUGUGGGAACUUUGUACUUCCUGACACCUGCAUUGAAAACUAACAACAAAUGUUGCUGUGACCCCAGAACCUCUUAAUACCAGCUGGCAAUGGGGUGCAGAGGGCUCCAAGGUCCUCCUGAUUCUCAUUCAUCAAAAGAGCGUCAUGUGAGGUCAGAAAUAAGAGUCCGUGUUGCACUCUUCAUCAAUAUCUGUUGUGAAAUGUAUGUGAGGAUACCAUGUAAGGAGUGGUAUAUCUAUACUGAACGUAUGUUCUUAAAGUCUGUGUCUGGGGGUUGGUCACCAGCAAAGGUAAAAAACAGAUUUUUUGUCAAACAAGAGAUGUUCAGCCACCUACAUAUUUACAUGUACAUUGAGCAUUGUCUCAUUCACAAUGGGUCUCCUAUCACCAGUCUGAAUGGAAUGAAAAUAAAAGGAUUGUGAGAACUUCAGAAAGGAACUAAUAGGAAGAAAACAGCAGGGAGGGAGAACCUUAUCUUGAAGUGCACCUCAAUGGUUUGUUCUACUAUAUUUGGGGGGCAAAGACAACACCCAGGCAUCCCUGAGCUAGGAAGGAAAUGGACAGCAGAUUUGCUUCAUGAAGGUGGGAUCUCAGCCAGGCUGGGCUGAAAACACUGGAGAGAACUUUGGGUGAGAUAAGCUUCUUUAGUAGCUGGUCAAUUUCUUAGUUAAGUUUAGCUAGUCUAUAGAAAGAGCGUUAUUUUGCUUUAUAUGUAACCAUUUAAUUCCAGUAUUUCUUGCUCACUAUUACUUGAAUCUCUAGUCUUUGAUAAUAAAUGUAUUCUUGUUUUCACUAUAAACAUAUCUAAGUGCUGUGGUGUGAAGUAAAGGAAUGAUCCUGAGUUGAAUUUUACAA